GACAAUAUUAUCUUCUUUGUGCAACCGCGUGGAAGUUUCUAUCAAACCUAAACGUUGCCAUUUUUUUCUCAUUUUACUCGGCUAACCUCUCCGCCACUCUCUUCCACAAUAGAGCUCUCUAUAAAUAUAGAUGCACUUCCCGAUAACAUAGACAAUAAUGAAACACAACAGCAACAACAACAAAAAACAAGAAUGGAGGAACUCCCGCCAGGUUUUCGCUUCUAUCCUACUGAAGAAGAGCUAGUUUCCUUUUAUCUGCUUAACAAGCUGGAAGGGAAGAGACAAGAACGACUAAACCAAGUUAUCCCAGCAAUCGACAUUUGCAGCACAGAACCAUGGGAACUCCCAAAGCUUGCUGGAGAACUAUGUCAAGGAGACACUGAGCAAUGGUUCUUCUUUACGCCAAGACAAGAAAGAGAAGCGAGAGGAGGGAGACCAAGCCGCACUACAGCAUCUGGAUACUGGAAGGCCACUGGCUCACCUGGUUAUGUUUAUUCAUCGGAUAACCGAGUGAUCGGAGUGAAAAAAACCAUGGUUUUCUAUAAGGGGAAAGCUCCUACAGGAAGAAAAACCAAAUGGAAGAUGAAUGAGUAUAGAGCCAUUGAAGGAGCGGCUGACUCAUCUACUACUCAUGUUCCUAAGCUAAGGUAUGAAUUCAGUUUGUGCCGAGUCUACGUGAUAUCGGGGAGCUUUCGAGCAUUCGAUAGACGUCCCCUAGAAUCUACGGCAAGAGAGACACAAUUCCUUGGUGGUGAUAUAGCUACAGCAUCUGCUCAACACCCUAGGAUAGUAGACAACACAAGCUCAUCUGAGACUUCAAACUCAGGAGGAGAUCAUGCUGAUGUUCCGCGGAUGGCAGAAAGUGCCAACUGGGAGGUUGAUGAUUUAGCAAACUCUCUGUGGGAAUGGGAACAACUGAGUUGGCCCUGAUUAAAAGCACACAGAGAUCUGCAGCACUGCAGCAUAGCUCUAUGUAGCUUUUCUAAGCUUAGGAUAGGCAAGCAUGAAUUUGCUUAAUUAAUUUUACAGGCAGUGAUUAGUGAAUUCUUUUUCCUUCAUUGUUAGGUGAGGGAGGUGAAAAUAAUAAGAAAUUUGCAAAUUUUUUUACACUACACGAAAUAGAUUUCUGUUGGAAAAAAAGAAAAAGAAAAAAAAGAUUGAACUUAAAAAUAUGUAAGAAUGCUCAAAAGUAAAUGAAAGACUCGGUGUACCAGAAGGUAAGUCAUUGACGCAA